UGGGGGACAAGGUGAAGUGAAUAUUUACCAUGUACACACUCGUGUCUUCUUUCAUUUUUAGUUCUCUUCAGGUGUUUAGUCUACUGCUUUCGUCACAGCUUGUGGGUGUGUAAACGUGAAAAGAAGUCCGACAGGUCGGACCGAUCUCCAGAACAUGGCUCCAAACAGGAUGUGUGCUGAUGGCAGCUGAGUCGGAUGACUUAUUUUAACUUAGUUCUGCUCAGAAAAGCUUCAUAUUCAGCGUUUGUGAACCACCAGCUCUACAUCAGGAGAGAGAAUUUGAAGAGGACCAGAUUUUGGGAUUGUUUUGGUGUCUUGUGUGCGCAAAGGUGCCCUCAGCGGCCGAGGCCGGCGGCGCUGUGGCGCACCGGACUGCUGCUCUGCUGCCUCACUUUCUGCGCCUGUCUGGAUGAGGAGUGCGUCCUCGGAGUGGUUGGACGGCCCGUCUCACUGCCCUGCUUGUACCCUCAGCUGCUGAGCUUUGAGAACUUUUCCAUCGAGUGGAGGGCAGGUGAGGAAGUGGUGCUCAGGUCGGUGUGGGAGAGGAACAAAAACGUGGAGGAGCUGGGCGUCAGCAGCGCCACGCUCCCAGCUGAUGCUGCACUGACCGGGAACUUCUCUCUGGAGCUGCCCACAGUGCAGCCGAACCAGCACAGAACCACGUUCAGCCUGUUCGUCAUUUCAAGAGAGAAUCAGAGUGGUGCGCUGUGCACCGUGUGCCUCAGGGUCGCAGCCAGUUUCAUCUCACCGCUGCUCGAGAGAGAACAAGGAGCAGAAGGAGAAGAGACGUCCUUCCUCUGCCGGGCCAGUGGUGGUUUCCCUGAACCUGCAGUUAACUGGCUCAUCAACUUCACCCAGGAUCCCCCAGAAGGCUCCGUACAGACCCAGGCCACAUUACUCCCAGACUCCUACCUGUACAACAUCACCAGCCACCUGACGGCCAACAUUUCCAAAGAGUCCACCGUGUCGUGCAUCGUAGAGAACCCGACCCUGAACCAAACAACGACUUCAACAAGCUAUGGAGUGAAGGGCAGCCCGGUGAUGGUUCGAGCAUCAGACGCCCUGUGGAUGUUCAGCACGGGUCUCUGCGCCGUGGUCGGGGUCCUGGUGGUGGUCGGAGUCGCCUACCAGAUUCACCUGGACCGGGUCAGUAAGAGGAAGAAGCUCGAAUUCCAGAGCAUGAAAGCUGACAGAGGACACAAAAGGAGAAGACAGUACAAGGAGGAGACCGAAGCGAUGAAGCCAAAGGAAACUGACGUGUGAAAAUCUGAGUGGACGAAUCGACACUUUCACUGACCUCAGAGAACAGAGCACUGAUCUGUAAAUAUGUAUUUGUUGGGACCACUUCAAUAUUCAGUAGAAUUGGUGGGUUUUUAAAACGCACACUGUAAGUUAACGAAGGCUCUGACGUCUCCGUGUUCUGUCCAGUUUACUGCACUUUGUGUUGAUUCACACUUUAAUAAACAUGUACAAACGUU